AUGGCAAUACUUUUAUUCCAUCUCCUAAUGGUAAUACUUUUAUUCCAUCACCUCUAUCUUCUCCUUCUCCACCUCCUCCAUCUACUGCUGGUAGUACUUAUAUUCCACCUCCCUCCUUCUCCACCUCCUCCAUCUACUGCUGGUAGUACUUAUAUUCCACCUCCACCUCUAUCUUCUCCUUCUCCACCUCCUCCAUCUACUGAUGGUAGUAUUUAUAUUCCAUCUCUACCUCCAUCUCCAUCUCGAUCUCCAUCUCCAUUUCCGUCUCCUGCUGUUGUUGUUGCUCCAUCUCCAUCUUCACCAGCAGAUUCUCCUGCUGUUGUUGUUGCUCCAUCUCCAUCUUCACCAGCAGAUUCUUCUCAAAGAAAACCAAGGCAACUCAUAAUAAUCAUACUUGGGUCCAAAAUAAAGGAGAAUCCAAGGAACUUGAUGAAUUCUCUGUCGAUCAAGUACCAGGGAUUCCUAUCAGGUUCUCUUACAAAGACUUGA